UGCUACAUGUUCUCGCGAGAUUACACGGGCAGGGCGUUCUGUUACGUGGAAGUCACGCAGAGACAAGAAGAACACCGCCGGAGCAAACGGGAUUCCUGUGAGAUAACAUCAAGCAGUCAGCUCGGAUCAGCCGUCUCAUCUCAUCCUGCUCCCGCGGGCUGUAUCGAAUAACUAGAAACUCUAUUUUACCAGAAGAUGGCCUUAUCUGGGUGGGUGUGUGUGGUUACUGGUGCCUCCAGGGGCAUUGGCAAGGGGGUAGCUCUCCAGCUUUCGGAGGCAGGAGCGACUGUCUACAUCACAGGACGGCAGGAGAAGACUCUGAAACAAACUGCGGCUGAGGUGAGUGAAAGAGGCGGCAAGUGCGUGCCGGUCAUCUGUGAUUCUACAAAAGACAAAGACAUCGAAGACCUUUUUGAGCGGAUUAAACAGGAUCAGAACGGCAGACUGGAUCUGCUGGUUAACAAUGCCUACGCUGGAGUUCAGAAUAUUUUUGACAACAUGGAGAAGAAGUUUUGGGAAACAGAUCCAGCCAUUUGGGACUCCAUCAACAAUGCAGGUCUCAGGGGUCACUAUAUUUUCUCCGUUUAUGGCGCCAGACUGAUGGUGGCUCAAGGUCACGGUCUGAUAGUGACCGUUUCAUCCAUGGGGGGACUAAAGUAUGUCUUCAAUGUGGCGUACGGCGUUGGAAAGGCAGCAUGUGACAGGUUGGCAGCUGAUAUGGCAGUUGAGCUCAAAAGUCGGGGAGUGGUUUCUGUCAGCCUGUGGCCGGGGCCGGUACGAACAGAGCUGAUCACUCAAUUUAUGCAGGAGAGUGAUCCAGUGAUGAGAGGGAUGACUCAGGGUAAACAGAUGAAAGACGUUUUUGCCAGUGGAGAAACAACGGAACUGAGUGGAAUAUGCAUAGCCAACUUAGCAAAAGAUAAAAAUCUCAUGUCACUGACUGGGAAGGUGCUCAUGACCUGUGACCUGGCCCGGCGUUACGGGAUAAAAGACGUUGAUGGUCGGAGUGUAACGGAUUUCACGUCCCUAAAAUUCAUCCUGACCCAGGUUCCGUACCUCUCCUGGCUCUCUGCGGUUGUUCCCUCAUUCAUCCGCCUGCCUCGCUUCGUCCUCACUUUGGCUAGCAGCCACUUCUAACAACCUUCCACGUCAAAACCAGUGUAGUAACUGAAAGUUAUCAUUCCUACAGUUUAUCUUCAUAGCCAAUUGAAAUUCAUGGAACAUAACAAAAAAAAUAUCACUCCAGAUGUAUUUAAAUGAUAUUUUUUAUUAUUUUAAGUAUACACAUUUAUUGGACUUUGAAUUGUGUUUUUGAAGCAGAUUAAGUGUAUUGCACAUUACUGUCCACUUAAUAUGAGUUUAGUAGUCACAAAGCGACCAUCCAUCCAUCCCUUAGCUGUCUUAUCCCAAGCCUAAUUGUAAGGACAGCAGCCUAAGCAAAGAUGCCCACAUCUUCCUUUCCAAAACUGCACAGUUCCACUUGAAUCAAAGGUUCAACUUUUUGCAAAUUUUCUUCUCCGGAUGAGUUGUGGAAUCCCCGUUGUAGUUGGAGCACUUCUUUGACAGGUUGACAUUGGACUGCUCAGAGUCAGGGUUUUUUGUGGCUAAAGCUCUCCAGGAUGUGGAAGAUCAAGACCCUUUUGACAGUGGGCUUGGUCAGACGGUCCCAACAGUCCCAAAUGAGCAAUUGUUGUCUUUUGCAAUAAGCCCUGAGAUUUUGUAAGAAGUGUAAAGUUUGCACCAUUUUGUAUAUGAUUAUGCUGUAAGGACAUUAAAUUUUCUUUUUAAAUCCA